AUGCAUCUAAGAGCAAAGCAUGCUCUGGGUGUGGUGCAUUUUGAUGUGUGUGGAAAAUUUCUAGUACCUUCACUUGUAGGGAAUAAAUACUUUGUGUCAUUUGUUGAUGAGUUCAAAAGAAUAACAUGGCUAUACCUUAUAAAGUUCAAACACGAGGUGUUUGCUGAAUUUAAGAAAUUCAGAAUCAACUCUGAGAAUCAGUGUGAUCAGAAGCUAAAAAUUCUCAGAACUGAUGGUGGAGAUGCUAAGAGAAGGAAGUUAGACGACAGAAGCAGAGUUAUGUUGCUUGUAGGGUGCCAUAGUACAGGUUCCUAUAAGAUAUAUUGUCCUGUCACUAACAAGGUUGAAUUCAGUAGAUAUGCCUUUAUGAAAGAAUCAGAAGCGUGGGAUUGGAGUACACCUCAAUCCAACUCUGGUGUAGUGUUAACCUCUAAAGAUACUUCAGAAUCUGAAGGUUAUGAAAAUGAGUCAGACUUAGAAGAUGACUCUGAAUUUAAAGAUGAGUCAGAAUCAGAAGUUGAUUCUGAAAACUCUCGUGGAGAUCCAGACUCUUGGAAUAUUACAUACUCUGAAGGUGGUCAUGCCUUUGAAGGUGGUACUUAUGGGGUUCUAGCAUCUGAUACUGUUCAACAUCUGAAGGAGAUUAUGAAUAAGUUCAGAGGUCGGAAAGAAUCAGAAACAUUCCAAGGAUAUUUGCAGAGUUUAAUAUGUUACAAGACACAUAAGUAG